AUGGUGGAAGGUCUCUGCUCUGGAUCUAACCGUGAGCUGCCCUUGUGCUCAAAAUGUGUCUCUGUUUCUGAGCCUAGAUGUAAUCCACUUGGAUCAGGGAUGGCUGAGUCGGUUCCAUCAGUCGCCCUGGAUGCAGUUCUGAAGCCAAGUUCCACCAUCCCCGAGGGCUCACUGCAGGUCAAAGGAUAUGACUUCAACAGGGGCAUUAACUACCAGGCUCUGAUGCAGUCCUACCUCACUACCGGAUACCAGGCUACCAACUUUGGACAGGCCGUACAGCAAAUUAAUAGCAUGAUUGAGAAGAAGCUGGAACCAUUAGAUGAAGACAAACAGAACACAAUCAAUCUGAGCCCGUGUCAACGAGAGAGAUCAGGCUGCACAAUCUUCUUGGGAUAUACAUCCAAUCUCAUAAGUUCGGGCAUCCGUGAGACCAUCCGCUACCUUGUGCAGCAUAACAUGGUUGAUUGUGUGGUCACCACAGCAGGAGGUGUUGAGGAAGAUCUUAUCAAGUGUCUUGCUCCCACUUUUGUGGGGGAUUUCAGUCUGAAGGGGAAGGAGCUUCGUGACAGUGGCAUAAACAGAAUUGGAAAUCUACUGGUUCCAAAUGAAAACUAUUGCAAGUUCGAGGACUGGAUGAUGCCUAUUCUGGAUCAGAUGGUCUUAGAACAGAAUGAGCAGGGGAUGAAAUGGACUCCAUCAAAGGUGAUCGCUCGACUUGGGAAGGAGAUUGAUGAUCCAGAGUCAGUUUAUUAUUGGACUUCCAAGAAUAACAUUCCUGUCUUCAGCCCAGCUCUGACCGAUGGCUCGAUUGGGGACAUGAUCUAUUUCCACUCAUACAGAAAUCCUGGUUUGGUGCUCGACAUCGUGGAAGACAUCCGCAGAAUCAACAACCAGGCAGUGUAUGCCAAGAGAACCGGAAUGAUCAUUCUGGGGGGUGGUGUGGUCAAACAUCACAUUGCUAACGCUAACCUCAUGAGAAACGGAGCAGACUAUUCUGUCUACGUGAACACGGGUCAGGAAUUUGACGGCUCGGAUUCUGGAGCCAGACCAGAUGAAGCUGUUUCUUGGGGUAAAAUCCGGGUGGAUGCCAAACCUGUGAAAGUGUGUGCAGAUGCUACUCUUGUCUUCCCUCUCCUAGUGGCUGAAACAUUUGCUCGGAACUUCGAUGCACUUUCCCCUCAGUCAAAGAUGCUUUAAGCCCCUGGCCUCCUCUCCCUGAAUAUUCCAGGUGCAGUACUGGAAUGCUGCUAGUGGUCUGUCCUGCGGAACUUUCUCAUGGGAAUUAAGUGCUACUGCCUUGGGAACAUGCUGCGAAUCUCAGCUUCCUCAUUUGCACUGUGUGGAAUUUGUGGAGUGCGGUUGAGAGUCGAGGGCUGCUAGUGCGAAAGUUGAGGAGGAACAGUGAGAGUCGGGGGAGGGUCAUGUGUGAACACCAAAGAUUGGCUUCUGCUCUGAUCACACUAAGAGCUGAAUGAUUUGGAAAGGUGAAUGUUUGCUUUGAAACUGGUGUGGCUGAAGUAGUGCUGUUCUGUCUGCUUUAGCUUUGCCAGAGAGAGAGGUGGAAUGGCAGAGGUGGGGGUGUUAAGAUCAGGGACACAUGGCCAGUGCUACCUGGAGGACUUCCAUAAAAUUGAUUCAGGAAAUUUCUGGGAUCAUUGGGUUCAGACUUUGGUUCAGCUUGCAUCCUGAGUGUAGCUAUGCCAGUGGAGUUUGAUCUGUGGCAUGUCCUAGUGUUAAGACGCCACUCACUGCGUAUGAGUAGCUGCUCACCUAACAACAGGCAAUCCAUGAUUCUAAACUGAUUCUGCACUGGCUUGCCGUCUGCAGACUGGGUGGGACAUGAGAAGGAGGGAUUUGCUGUCAGAUGCUGGCUGGACCACUCCUAAAACACUGUCCCCUCACUCUUACUGAGCAUCUCAGGUAGGCGGCUGAUUGGGAGAAUCUGCAGAUCAAGUGAAUUUGCUGAAAUGGUCAUUUAUUUAUUUGAAGCUGAGGCUACUGCUUUCUGCAUGCAAAUAAAAUCAGUUAGUCAAAGUU